AUGACCAUCAUACACCUGCCUGAACCCAUCACGCAAACACCAACAAAAAAAAAAGAAAAAAAAAAACAUUACAAAAAAAAAAGGUAUAAAAAGACCAGUCUCAAGACUAGGGGUCAUAAGACAGCUCCUGGAUACAACUACAUAAUGAAUACCCAAGACACAGAUAUGGUAAGUAAUUCUAAAUCAUGCUUUUAUAUUUAAAAUUUUAUGUUUUUUACAAUAUAAAUGUCUAUGGGGUUGUUUUAUUUCAAACUGUCAGGGUCUGUAGUAUAGACUGUAUGCCGUCUGUAUUUGUUUUUAUUUUUAACAACGUAAGGGUCUAUUAUAUAGAGUCUGCACUGCUUGUUUCCGUCUCUGUGUGUUCUAAAACGUUACGUACUGAACAUAGUCAUGUUUUUAAUGUAGGCAAAAUCCUUCUCUAGGCAUUUGCGGGGCUUGUCUGUGUAUGAAUAUAUGUGUUAUGCUGGAUUUAUAUGUUGUAGAUAUGUGUUAUGCUGUGCUUAUCCGUGUAAGUUAUAGCAUAACAUUUUUAAAAUAAGCUGUGAUGAUACAGCAUCAAUGGGGUUGCUUUAUUUCUAACUGUCAGGGUCGGUAGUAUAGACUGUGUGCCGUAUGUUUUGGUUUUUAUUUUUAACAACGUAAGGGUCUAUUAUAUAGAGUCUGCAUUGUUUGUUUCUGUGUGUCUGUGUUCUAAAACGUUACGUGCUGAACAUAGUCAUGUUUUUAAUGUAUGCAAACUUCUUCUCUAUGCAUUUGUGGGUCUUAUCCGUGUAUGUUGUUUAAUAUAUGUGUUAUGCUGGGCUUAUAUAUGUUGUAUAUAUGCGUUAUGCUGAGUUUAUCCUCGCAUGUUAUGGCAUUACCUUUUUAAAAUAAGCUGUGAUGCUACAGCAUCACCCAUAUCACUGUGGCUGUUAGACAUCUCACUGUGUCUGUUUUGUCAAACAACCGAUUGUGGUCAUUCAUUGUAAAAUGCUGACCUAGUGUUCCCUUCAUAAGCGUUCAAAUACUUUAUCACCUUUCAGGCACAAAUCAGUCCAACAACGAAUGAAAACGAGUUACACAGAAGGCUCGCGGUCGCCUCACAAGGUUGUAAAUUUUCUAUAUUGAUAAGCGUUCUAAAAUUCUAAACAUUUAUUUUGAAGUCUUUUAUGCAUAAAAAACAAAACAAAAAAACCCCCAAAAAACUAAGGCUUAUUGUAUUUUAUUUAUUUAGAUCCUUUGAAUACUAGAGUAUUGACUGACAGACCCUCCAACAUACAUCCACAUAGACCAUUAAAAGCAGGUAUGUGUUUAUAUAACGUUAUAUGCGGUUGUAUCAUCCCCGGUUUUAUCCCUGCGAUAAUUAUAUUUCUAUUUAUUUUAGAAACAACCGUAAAGAGUACAAAAACCUCAGCAGUAUCUAAUGCAUGCACAGACAUUAGCCGCUUACCAGCUGCGGAUCACGGUCGUAAGACAUACAGCGCGAAUGCCGGAGAACGCAGGGACUGCACCCCGCAUAAACUAAAACAGGGCAAGUAUACGUAUGAGUUCUUUGUUUAUUUGUAUAUUUGUAUACUACAUAAAUAUAGUAUAUUUAUUUGUAUCUUUAUUUACUACAUAGAUAUACCUGUAUGUACAUCGGUGUAUUAAUUUACUCAUUUAUUUUUGAAUACAGUACCAAAGUUGUCUAUAACCCGGAUCCGCUCUACAAGAGAUAUUCCAGUCACACGUGACGAUGAACAACCGUCAACGUCGACCUCAGGGGUUUUAAGGCAGCGUCCAUCUAGUGCGGCAUGCGUCGCAAAGGAGCCUCAACAAAUACAUUCAUUAACCACAACAAAACACACAUCUCGGGGUAAGCCAUCAGUCACAUCACCAGGCAAUGUAUCAGGGUGUCGACAUUUCACUGUAGAAUCAAAUGUACCUGUGAAACAAUCCAUUAGCCCUGUAAAUGUUCCUAUACAACCAAACCCUAAGAAAAGUAGAUCUGUUUUACAGGACAUAACACAAACCAUCGGCAAUGAUAACAAUAUACAUAGAGGGACUACAUCACUGACAUCCAGAAAUACCUCUGUAAAGGUGCCGACACACCCGCCACCUAAGAAAAGUAGAUAUGUUUUACAGACCAUAACACAUACUGACAGCAAAAACACACACAUUUAUACAGAGACCACAUCACCUCUUGAUACUAGAAAAUGUAUGUUGUGGUUCACGCGUUCUGCUCCUUUAUGGUUUAAAGUCAAGGAUGCUGUACAACAUACAAUCACUGAAAUAUUCAAAAUACUGAAUGACGCUGCUCUUUUACAGUGCAGCAGGCCUCUGAGUCUAAAACUUUAUGCCGCUAGCCGCCCAUUUAGAAUUGGCCAUGCAUUGUUAUCCCAUGAUGGUCGUGAUAGUCAAUUGAGUAUAAACGGUGUUAUACCAAACAUUAUAUUACCCCGUGACAACGUCAGUGAUUUAUUACAGUGGUUUUUAAGGGAACUUGGUUUUUGGUUCGCUUUAGGAGACUUUAUUGACUCUGUGAUUAGUGAGAUCCGUAACAUUGUUAUUGUGACUGAUGAUGAGCUUAGACAAACUAAUUUUUUAAACCGUUUUGAAAGACUUGACCGUGCUACCAAUGCCUUUCGUUCAGGACUAAAUUUACUGACCCCCGCGUGA